GAUAACUAUUUCCGCAGGAAGUCAAAUUGAUAAUAUCGAAAUUUCAAAGAUUCCACUGGCCUUUAUUCUUGUUUCAGUAUGGUUUGGUUCGACUGGAGUCUAUAUGCCUCCUCUUUAAUGCCCGAAACGUGAUUCAGUGUCGAAAUGAAGUUUUUGUCGGGUACUUUGUUGCUUUUGAGUUUGUCUCUGGAUUUCGUACAGCCUAGGAUAACAUCCUAUUGUCCAACGCCAGUAAUCAAGAACGGAAGAUACAGAUAUAGGCAUAGGGCGAAAUUCGUCAAAUACACCUGUAAUGUAGGAUUCAUCCUGUAUGGGGACAGAUACAACAAUUGCAAUCACGGAAAAUGGGACGGUCCUCCGCCAAAAUGUGUCCGACCUGGAUGUAAAAAGGUGGAUCCUCCAACUAAUGGACUGAUAUAUCCAUCGCACGUGUGGGCAGUGCUGCAUUUUUAUUGCAAGUCCGGUUACCAACUCCACGGACCCGAUGCGACUUAUUGCGAUGGUGCUACUUGGAGUACCAACGGGCCCAUCUGUUUACCUUCGAACACAAAACCUCCUCUGAGUUGCGAUUUCGAAAAGCCAGAUCUAUGCGGAUGGACGCACGAUCUAAAUCACGACUUCGAGUGGAGAAGAAUUCAGUUUGACACACCAAGCGGAGCGAUGGGCACGGGGCCCUCCUACGACCACACGCUGGGCGAGGGAGAAGGAGGUUAUUACAUGUAUAUCGAGUCUUCAUCCAGAAACGAGAACGACACAGCCAGACUCGUGUCUCCAGUUUAUGAAAAAACGACCGAAAACACCUGCUUCGUCUUCUACUAUCACAUGUACGGGUCUACCAUAGGCACCCUGAGGGCGUACCUCAGAAUGAUCAACGAAACCGGCAAUUUCCGACCAUCCAAGGCCUUCUUCGAGCAAAAGGGCAAUCAAGGGGAUAGAUGGAUCAGGUCUGUUCAUCUUUUCGAUACGAUACCUGAAGACUACCAGAUCAUUAUAGAAGCAGUCAGAGGAAAUGGCUACGUUAGCGAUAUAGCUAUAGACGAUGUGUCCAUAGUGCAGAAUUGUAGCAUGGCAGAUUUCGAAGAUCGAGAAAUAUCGACUACAACAGAGGCAGAAGAAUACAGCACUACGGAUUUCUUGCCGGACGAUUUAUAUUCGUGCGAAGGAAGAUGCGACUUCAGCGAUAUCCAGAUGGGAAAACAUAGAACAUGUGCUUGCGACGAAAAUUGCUAUGACAGGAACGAAUGCUGCCCAGAUUACAUAGAUUUCUGUUUACUGCACGGAUCAACUGACCAAUCGACAGACACAACAUUCACCGAACCGCCAUCUACCAUGGAAACCACGGGAAAACCUUCAUCAACCAUAACAAGAACAACCACAACGUCUAAACCACAGACUACAACAGAAAUUAAACAAGCAAUUACACACCAACCCACCCAAACGACACGACAACACUUCACAGAACCAAAAGCAACGUCCAACGAGCCAUUAACAACAAGAAAAACUAUAAUAGAAACAAUAACAAUAAGAGUAACAUCGAGAGGAACAACAACAACAACAGAAGAGAACGAAAUAGACGAAAUAACAGAUGAUCAAGGUUUCGUACCACUUUGGGAUAUAACAACUGAUAAGUCCAACGAAAUCCCAAAUUACCACAGGGAAUUUCCACCAAUAGAGGAUGUAGCCCAUCUGAGGAAAAACACCAAAGAAAAAAUAGUGAUUUCGAAGCUUGAAGAAAAAGAAAGUUCUACUCUUCCUUACAUUCUGGUCAGUCUUGCUGUUGUUGUUAUGGGUUUGGUUCUUGCAGCUGUUAGGAGGAGGAAAGCGAACGCAUCUAUACGAUAUAGAUCUGGCUCUCGAGGAGGCAGCGCAAGCGAUGUUAGAUUUCUAACAAGCGAUGAACUUCUAGAUCUCAAUUUGGAUUAUUGAUGAGAUUUUAUUGAGUGUUUCAUUCUUAUAACUCCAUUCGCUGUGAUAAUUACUAGUUUCCUUUCAUUGUCAAGAAUAAUAUGCGUAAAAUAAU